UUAAACAAAUGUUAAUAAAUGACUAAUGUAAUAACUUUCGUCAAUUUAUUUUCAACGCAUUUAAUUUAGGAAUGGAACAAGUCCGGCUACUGGUCCAAGAACAGGGCCGUGAAGCGAGGAAUCUCCUCGCUUUUAAUAUUUCUGCGGGAAAUGACACCUUCGGAGCCAAGGUUUCACGGAAGCCGCCGUGCCGUCCAAAAGCCACGGAGUCACAGACUAGCUCCAAGGCAUCAGACUUACGAAGCAGAACAGGAGCCCGAAUAAGAUCUGCUUCAACAGGCAGAGACAAAAAGUCAGAACUUCGAGCCAGAUGUUGGGCCCUACUUUUUGGCAACCUGCAUAGAGCGAUUUGUGCAAUUUAUAAUACGGUAGAAUCUCACGAGAGCUUAGCCGAGGUUCUAGAGGUACUUCUGGUUCUAGAAAAUUAUUUGCGCGACUUCAACGGAUUAGCAGAUUGGUUUCGAAUAAAGUGGACCUACGAAAACACACCGCCCUUACAGCGUCCUAAUUCACUAGCUUGGGAUAUUUGCAAAACUACCCUGACUACUGCAACGCCACGCUCUGGAAAAUCUACUCCUUGCGUGGGAUCGGGCAGAAGCAGCCCAAGCGUGUCUGGCAAACUGAGUCCUAAGCCUUUGAAUCCAAAGAAACUAUCGAAUUCCUGUCCAACAAGUCCGUUACCCAUAUUUGAGGGGAGAGAGAUUAAUUUAAACGCUGAACAAAGUCCGAAAAAGGAAGAAGAGCCAUCACAGGAGAAAACUAACCAAAAGAGUACACAAGAGACAGAACAAAUGAAAAUCAAGUCAGAAUUAAACAACAAAGAAAAGCAGACGGAGGUUAAGACGUCAAGAAAAGUUGCCCCCAAAGCUGACCCAGUAAAGAAACGGUUGGAUGCUCAGAAAGCAAUUGAUGGAAAAACAAAAGUCGUUCCAAAAGUAAAAGAAACUAAAACUGCAAUUACAAAAAAGGAUAACAAGUCUAUCUCUCCAAAAACUACACCUAGAUUAACAAAGACCGGAUGCAAAAGUAAUGAGGAUCUCAAAACCAAUUCAAAAGAAAAGACUAAUAACAACGAAUUGGCAGCAGAAGUGACGAAAUCCGAGAAGUCUAAAUUAGACUUGAUCUUACAAGAACCCUCUGAGUUCUCAAAACAGACCACCACCGUCAAGAACAUCGACUCGCCGAGUGAGGAUCAAAGGACCUACGACACUCUAAGAAAAGUUGGAGUACAGAGUGCCGAGAAAAGCACAAGUACGGAUGACGAUUAUCCGAGAUUGCCGCCAGUAAAAAAACCAAAUGCCGUGAAGGUUCACCAAGAGUGCCAAACUGAUGACACUGAAAAGAAAGUGCAAUCAAUUGCAAAAACGGCAAAAAUUGAAGCUAAUAAAUGUGCUAAGCCAUUAGCAGCGGUACGACCAGCAUACUCUACAGCUUUGGGCAGGACCGUUACUGUUACGAAAGCUGCAAUACCUCGACCGAAAUCUGAAACUAAAACUGCUGUUGUACCAUCAAAGACAGUCAAACCUUUUACCGCAACAAGAGCAGCCGUUACUGCUAAAAAUGAAACAACAAGAUCCAGAGCUAUGGGUAGAACUGGGUUAGCUCGAAGCAAAACGUUAGGGGAUAUGAAAUCGAGUGGUAUAUCAAAUAAUAUGAAAGGCAAAUCUGCCCAAUCUAAACCGCAGUCUACUACACAACUUCCAAUAAGCGUAAGAAAACAAGAUGUCCCGAAACCGCCGAUGUUGCAAAAGAGCUAUUCAACUCUUUCCAAAAAAGAUAUAAAUAAAAUAUCCUCGUCCAAUGAAUGUGCCAGUUCCGUUGAGACGCUAGUGAACCAAGGACAUUCAUCUGAAAACAUUAAUAUUUCAAACAAUAGUCUAGCCAGUUCAACCGAAACCAUAAACAACGACAACAACAAAGGCGAUGGGUGGCUCACUGUGAAGAGUAGGUCCAGAUUCAAGCACAGCAAUGGUAAACCAAGAAGAUCUGACACGGCUUUGUCCUGGGCUACGAGAUUCCAUCAGGUCAGUACGACUGCAAGUUUACCAGCGCUAGCCUUAUUGCCAGAAAACGGAGAGGUUUCCAAACCCGCAAAGUCUAUUGACAAAAGUGUUAAAGAAAAUCUCAACACUUUGAAGUCUUUUGAUACCGCCAAAAUUGAAAAGAAGGUAUCAAAGCAGUCCCACAGUGCCCCAAGUAGAGGAGUUGUUAAUAAAAAGUCAAACCAGGACAAGAACAAUGCGAAUCAAAACAAGAAGAAAUCUUCUGAUAAUAAAGAAAAUGUGAAUAAAAAAUUGUCCGAUGGGGAAUCGGAAACUGACGACGAAACUAAAUUUAAGGAGGAAGAUUUGGAUACUGAAGAAGAGCAUAGGCAACUGUCUGAGGAGGAGGACAGACUGACUAGAGAGAUAGAAGACCUCCAACGUUUGGAAAUUGAGGUCGACACGGAAACCGACGGGACUGAGACGGAUGGUGAACUCCAGGGAGAUGUUGAGGAUGCAGAAGAGGCCGACAAUGAGAAUAAUCCGGAAGAUAGUGAUAUGUCACUAGAAGCAAGAUAUGAGCCAAUAUUGGCAGAUAUGUCUUGGAGCGAUAGAAUCGAUACAUUGGCAGUCCUUGAGGCACUAAGCGCCCGCCAUCCGGGUAGGGCGUUGCAGCUUCACCAGAAACUUUCAAAUCCUGCGAGAAGAAGAAGUCUAACGGAAACAUUGAAAAGAUAUCAGCAGAAGCAGGCGCGUGCACAGCAACGCAGACAGGAUUUGCAACAAGAAAAGGCCCAAAAAUUACAAGCCCUUUUGGCAAGAGUGGAAGAAGUGAAAGCCGCAAAAUUGCAUUUGAUCGAACAGAAAAGAAUAAGAAUGGAACUCCGGUUGAAAAAAGCUGAUCAAAACCGUCGUAAACAUUUGAAGGGCAUCAUUCGCAAGGCUCACGACGAAGACGAGAAACUAAGGGAGAUUGCCUUCAUCAAUGAGUUGGAGGCGCAGAAUAAACGGCACGAUUUUAUGAAGUGCUGUUUGGAACGCAAGGAUAGGAUCCAAGUGAUGAAGGAAGAUCGCAAAAAGCGGCUGGUUGAGAAGGCAGCUAAAGAGGCGGCUGUUGAAGAACGCAGAAGGCAGCUAGAGAAAAGCAGACUGGAAAGAUUGGACAGGUUGCAGGAUGAGAGACGUCAAAGGGAUGAGCGCAUCGGACAGCAACAACAGCAAAGGGAGCGCGAAAGGCAGGAAUUGGCUCGUGAAAAGGCUAGAGACAGAGAGGAACGACUGGUGGCUCUGCAUGAGAAGCAACUUGCGACUACGCAGAAAUUGCAAAAGAGGAUUGAGCAGAAACAGGAAGACUCUAAGAGACGCCAUGAGGAAAAUAUGGAACACAUCAGACAGAAGGCUUUAAUAUUAUCUAUUUUGAAGUGCCACAGUGAAGAUAAUAUGGCACCUAACAUCAUUCCUUAUCAAACGCAGAAAAUAUGCAUGGUCUGCAAUGUUCUGAUUAGAUCCGAAGUAUACUUGAUGAGUCAUCUACGUGGGCGCUUACAUCGGGAGGCUGUUGCCAGAGCCAAUCCCACUACUUUAAGUGGCAGUGAAUUGAGACAGUUCAAUUUGAGACACAUUGUAGAUGCACCCAUUGAUAAAGAAGAUCCCAAAGUUGCAGCCGCCAAAGAAAGGGGCAAGUCCCUUAGAAAGAGGUGUAAGAAGAUUCGUCAACGAAUGGCCGCUAGAGGUCUUGAAUACGACACCCACCACAAACCAAGCAAUCUAGAAUCCGCCAAUAAGAGAUGUCUUAACAGAAACAUAAAUACAAUUGGGUCAAUCACCACACAAGCCAAUCAGGGCUUGUCGUCUUCUAGCUCUAGUCAAUUGGACAGAAUACUCAAUGAAUUGACCAGAUUGUUGUCCAAGGGUGAAUAUAAUGAUAUACUCAUGUUCCAAUGCGUCGGCGGCUUUCCUGUUUUGGGAAAAAUGCUUACUUUACUACAAGAAGGCAGCACAGCAAUUUCUGUUAAAACACUGGUAAAUGCAUGCAAUUUGUGGCAAAUAGCAUGCAAAGGAACUAAUGGCUCGAAAAAUUGCGAGUAUGUGGUGCUUUCAAAUCGUUUAACGACUGUGAUCGACAUCCUUAAUAUGAGAUUACAAGAACUGGGAGAUUGUGAGGAGAAUCUACCUUCAGAACCGUUAUGUACAGCUUUGAUGCAGCUUCUAACAACCGUUUUGAGAAACAUUCCCAGAUCCGUGCCCGCCUCGAGGGUCCAGGACAUCGUAAGCUUUUCAGUGUGUGUUGGCGUGGUGGAUCAGCUGGCCAAAUGUUGCCUCGCCGUUCGCGGUCCCGUCCAUGAUAUUCCUCCGGCCUGUGCUUUCCUAUCGGCAGCUUUAGAGUUCAUCGCGGUGUUGGCCAGCCACUGUCCCGAAGACUCGGACCCAACACAUCUGAUUACCACUUUGCAUCACACCGAGUUGCUGGGCUGCGUGUCCAUGCUUUACGGCUCGCUCCUGCUGCCAGGCUCCCCGCCCCGCGUAGAAGGACAACCGCCGCCAACCAUUCCCGAUCCGUGCCUUAAUUUGACCAUAGUCACCUUCAAACUGCUGAGACGCGUCGCCGAAUUGGAUCUCCACAAGUUCCAGGAAAUGCUAGGUGCUGAGGGCAUAUCUCUACAAUUCCGUCACAUCGCUAGCCAUCUGAUUUGGUGCUGCGCCUCGCCAUCCUUGCCGAAGGGUAGCCGCAAAACUAACGGGAAUAACGUGAAUCAAUAUGAAAAACUACUUCAUGAAGUAAUCGCUGUUACUGGAUAUUUUGCGGUUGAAAAUACUGAUAACCAGAUGCUAUUGGUCAGUGGACAGUCGCCGUCUGUGCUCCAGCAGUUGUGCUCGUUGCCGUUCCCUUACUUCUCGGUGGAGAGCCUCUCCAACGUGCUUUACCCCACGUUGUUGGCAUGCUGCGUAGGCAACAAGCACACCAAGACCAUUCUCAUGCAGGAACUCUCCUAUGAUCUACUCGAAGAAUUCCGCAACUCGGAGACCGGAAACAAGCACCGUUUGGUAAAAUUAUUAGCUAAAAAUCACUAAGGGGAUUACAAACAAAUUUUUUUUAUAUAUUUCUAUAGUAUAUUAUAAUUUUUAGUUUCCACAGUAAAUAGUUGAGGUUAGCCGCCAACAUUAUUUAUUUUAUUUACUAUGAUGAGAGUUUGAGUUGUUUUUUAUUGUGUUGGUGUUCUAUACGUGUGUGGGAGAAUGUAGUACGUUGUGCCGCAACUUAUUCGUACUUAAUAUUAACUAGAAUUUCAAAUUGAUUAUUUAUAUAACAUUGUAUGUAACUAAAGUUACCAAAUGAGACUAAAUUAAUUUUACUCCAUUCACCAAAUAUUAACUAAAUAUAGUUGAUUUUUUUUUUAAAUUAUAUAAAAUAAUUAUUUACUUAAUAAUCAACUAUAAAUUUAAUAAAAUAUUGCUAUAGUAGUCAAAAUAUUAUAUUUUAGGAUAUGGAACCCCCAAAUAUAUAAAAUAAUAACUGUCUAUAAUGCAUUGUAUGUAUAGAUGCAGUUAUUUUUAUACGUAGUAGUUGGAAGUCAACUAUUUUUAUUAUUUCAUGAUAGAAGAAAUUAACCGUACUGAUAUUUAAUUAACUAGAUUAAUUUUUCAUUAAUUAUGUUAACUGUAGCAACGUGCAUUGCUUAUUUGUUGUGAUUAUUGUAGUAUGAACUACACUAAAUAAUUAAAUGUGAUUUUCUAUA